CUUAUGCAAACACUAUAUUUUCCAAGUCUUUUGGAAACAUAAGUUUGCUGCUUAUCCUCGAUGGGACCAAAAGGAAUGACGACAGUUGGAGCCACAGAAGAUAACCGAAGGGUUGAGAUCUUACGCACAAAAUCACAAGAAUCAAGCGUCAUAAUUACCGAUGAUGAGUGGUGGAUUUCUAUAGAGAAUUAUAAUGUUGACAAAACAAAAAAGAAACCCCAAAUAGAAAGGGCUCCAUCACAUCUGCGUAAGCGUAAAUCAUACGAAGGUUGUAUUGAUCCUUCCGUAGUUUCGAUAGGCCCUUAUCAUCAUGGAAAGUCAGAGUUCGAAGCAUUCGAGAAGCUAAAAAUUCCAAUUGCGCACAAAUUGUGUCGUUUUAGUCGUACAUCAGUCGAACAGUUAUAUAAAGUUGUGGCAGACCUGAAUAAAAUUGCCUGUGAAUGCUAUGAGGAAGGCUCGAUUAAAGUUGAUGAUGAUGAGUUGUUCAACAGAAUGAUGUUUCUUGAUGCUUGCUUUGUGGUUCAUUUUGUGUUGAUUGGGGUAGGAUUUGUUAUCCAAGUGGAAGUUGGGGAAGAAAACGAAGCAGAUGCACGACUGGAAAAGAGUUUCUACCUUGUGUUGAGGGACUUGUUCUUGCUAGAGAAUCAAAUUCCUUUACCAGUACUAACAGUUUUGAUGAAAUCUAUGUUUCCAGAAACGCCAAGUCGAGGAGAGAGAUAUAUAAUGGAAUUCCUUGAACUUUACACCAUGGUGUCACCUAAGCGUUCAUCCCCUAAUCCUAUGAAGAAAUUUCUUGCACAAAUGAUGGGACGCUCUAAAAGAGAUCAAGACGAAAAGAAACAGAAAUUAGAAAAAGCGCUCAGCACAAGUCCUCACCUUCUACAUCUAAUGCGGGAACAGCUCAUCCAGCCUUUCGUGCAUGAAAUCAAAAACCUGGUAACAUUUAUCGAGGAAUCAAAAUCAAAUUUCCGGGAAUCAAAUAUCCAGGAAUCAUUUCGUUCAGUAACCGACCUCAAAUCAGCAGGAAUUUAUUUCAAACCAAGUCAGAGUGGAAGUUUUACUGAUGUAGAGUUCAUAUCUUACCAUAUUUUUGGCACUCUUACAAUUCCUCCAUUCAAGGUUGAUCAUUUAACAAGACCUUUGCUAUUAAACUUAGCGGCUUAUGAAAUGUGUCCCAAUGGCCCUUCUGAUUUUCGCAUUACGUCAUUCAUUUGUCUAAUUGAUUCACUCAUUGAUUAUGCUGAUGAUGUUAAAGAGCUCAGGAAGAAGAGAAUCCUUAUCAACAAAUUAGGCAGUGACGAACAAUUGGCACAACUCUUUAACAACAUAGCUAAUGAUUUGGAACCUGAUCCUCGUGCAUAUGCAGAUGCUAGGUUGAAAAUUGAUAAACAUUGCAAGUAUAAAGGACAUAUCUGGAUGGCUGAAUGGAUUCACAAAUAUUUUAGGAGUCCUUGGGCUCUCUUGGCUUUUCUAGGGGCAAUUCUCGUCCUUGCCCUUACUAUGGCACAGACAUAUUUCACUGCUUACCCGCGCUAAACCUCAGAAGACAAGACUUCCUAAAUCAAUGUUAUCGAAUAAGCUCUUCAGUUGCAAAAGUUCCCUCUUCUACUGUUUGUUUCCAUUGUUUCCGUUUUGUUGUGUUUUUAAUUGUAUGCUUGUGCAAUAAUUGUAUGAUGUUCUGUUGACCAACCCGUUUUGGCACUUAUGAUAUUGCAAAAUACUAAAUGAA